AUGUCCACCUACAACUACACCCGCCUCGCCAACAAAAACAUCCUCAUAAUCGGCGGCACCUCGGGCAUCGGCUUCGCCGUCGCAAAACACGCCCUCGCCGCCAACGCCCACGUCACGAUCGUCUCGUCCUCCGCCACCCGCCUCGCCUCCGCGCUCUCGCGUCUCCAAACCGAAUUCCCCACCUCGACCAUCACCGGCGAAACCUGCGACCUGUCGCACCCCUCCAUCGAAGCCGACCUGGAAGCGCUCUUCGCGAAACUGCCCCGCCCGAUUCACCACAUCGUGUAUACGGCGGCGGACCCGCCCGCUAUCAUGCCCUUAUCCGCCGUGUCGCGCGACGCGAUCCUAGCAACGGGCCAGCUGCGUCUCGUGGCGCCCAUCCUCGUCGCGAAGGUGGGGAGCCGCUAUCUGGCCCCUGGGCCGGAGAGCUCGAUCACGCUGACCACGGGCGCUGGCUGGGAACGGCCGAAUGCGGAGUGGACGGUCAUGGCGGGGUACCUGGGUGGGUUGGUCAGUGUGGCGCGGAACCUGGCGUUGGAGUUGAAGCCGGUGCGGGUGAAUGCGGUGUCGCCUGGGGUGGUGGAUACCGAGAUGUGGGAUGGGUUGCCGAGGGAGCAGAAGGAGGGCAUGUUUAAGUUUUUUGAGGGGCGGUUUCCUACGGGGAGGGUGGCGGGGCCGGAGGAUGUGGCGGAGGCGUAUGUGUAUUUGAUGAGGGAUUGGAAUGCGACGGGGAGGGUGUUGGGGACGGAUUCGGGGGCUUCCAUUGUCUAA